GCGAGCGGGGCGAUGAGUGGGGCGAUGAUUGGGGCGAUGAUUGGGGCGAUGAUUGGGGCGAGUGGGGCGAGGAGUGGGGCGAGGAGUGGGGCGGCGAUGAUUGGGCCGAUGAUUGGGGCGAGGAGUGGGGCGAUGAUUGGGGCCACUCCUGGAAGGAUUCCGGGGAUAAUCCAACAAAGGGAUCAAAAAGGACUCGUCCUUCCAAGGCCAAGCCGAAGCCCUCAGACGAGGCCAAGCCCGCAGACAAGGCCAAGCCCGCAGACAAGGCCAAGCCCGCAGACAAGGCCAAGCUCGCAGACAAGGCCGAGCCCGCAGACGAGGCCAAGCCCGCAGACCAGGUUUUGGUGCCGAAAGCCAAGGCCAAGGCGAAGGCUUUGGGAAAAGCCCGCAGAGGAAGUGCCGCCUCCUGGUAUGAUCGCGACAACGAGGAUCAUUUCCCCUACCCCAUCACCUUCGCCCGUCGAGCCCGACCUCGCAUCAGAGGCAGCGAUGCCGACUUUGUUUGGAUGGCCAUCGCUCGGUCCUUUAUCGAAGAAAUUGAGCCGUUCAUCGAGCCCCAGAGCAAAACCAAAGCCGAGGGCCACUUCUACGUGUAUGCCCGUGCCCGGUGGAGUGAGAGCGACCUGUACCCCGAGAAUGAUGGCUUCAAGGAGGUCUUUCGUAUGGCAGCACAGGAGUUCGUUGUGAUUCGUCC